GAGUGGAAAAGAAAAGCAAGUUUUGAAGAGCGCUUGCGCCCAUCUAAUGGAAACGUUGGUUCUCUCGGUCGUUGUCGGUGAUCCUUCGCCGCCACCGCCGCCACCGCUCGGGUAUUCAGCCGUUGUUCAGGCGGUGUCGCCCACUUCGAGCUCAGUGAGCCGGUGUAUGAGCGCCGCGACGCCUAAAGCAGAGCAGCUUUAACUCGACGCUGUCGUCGUCCUUGUCGUCGUCGUCGUCGUCACCAUCAUCAUCGUCGUCUUUGUUUUCGUCGUUGUCAUCCUCGUCCUCGCCGGACGUCGAGCAUAUCGACACGAACACUGUCGUCACAGUUGCCACCGCCUUUUCGUCGUCUUUCUCCUCAUCUUCGUCGUUGUCACCCUUAUCAUCAUGUUUGUCGUUCACGCUCACAUUUUGCACCCAAUCUUAACGUUUUUAUCGUUAUCCUAACGCGUUGUCUUCGCCACGAGAUCACCGCCACCAACACCAUUACCACUACCGGCAACUACUAUCAUCGCCGGGUUGUGUCUUACAUCAUCGUUUUGCCGAUCAUAAAAACGCGAGGAUCGAGGCAGGUACACACGCGAUCAUCGUAUUUGGUGUUCCGCGAGCUGCUGACGGAGAGGCGAUGGGGUGAGCAAGAGAGGGAAAAUAUAUAUGCGUGUCGUAUACGGUUAGGACAGAAAGAAAGAGAGAGAGAGAGUGGGGGAAGCUGGAUAGAAAGAGUGGGAGAGAGAAUAUUUGAAUCUUCCUUACUUCUCUUCACUUAUAUACCUAUUUUUCUUUCAGUUUUCAUUUUGUCAUUGCCCCACAUCUCCCUCAUUCAAUGCUUAUUCCGUAUCAAUGUUUCUCUCUUAAGGUGAUCGGUUCACGUAUCAACAACCGAAUCGUGACGUGUUUUUUAUCUCUCAUCGUAUUUUUGUGAUAUUUAGAAUUUAAACAUAUAAUUAGACAAUACUUACUUUUCGAGCUGAGAAAGCUUCGCAUCUUGUAAUUAGAUCUUGUAAUUAGAUUAUGAAGAUUAAUCUUUGCCAGAGAUGUACUAACCAAUACGCCAUUUGUAAACUUCGGUUGAGACGUUUCUAAUAUUGAUCUAUACAAAGGAUUAUAAAUUUUCAUUAAAUGAAAUUAUUGAUACAUGUAAAAUUAUUCGACGAUCAAUGAUAUAAAAAGACAAGGAGGAGAAAGACAUUGCAGCCAUUGUACUCGUUUGACAUUUAGUUCAUUGGUAGAAUACAUAUUCGUGCUAAAAGCAUUGACUAUCUCGUUCGCGUGACUUUACUCGUCUUCUUUCUCAUCUAAUCGUAAUAGAAAAUGAAACAGAUAUAAAGAAAGAAAGAGAGAGAGAUGAUAAUAGGAUCCUUCGCGGUUCAUGAUUUUUCUCACGAAAGACACAUCGCACAAGAUAAUGUCCGAGCGAAUGAAAGAAAUUUUUUUUCUUUUUUUUUUUUAAUGAAAGAUCGUUGAACCAUGAUCUUUUUAAUAUAAAAAUAUAAAUAUAAAAAAUAAUGUUUAUUAACCGUAUCCAAUUAGUUCAGAAUUAAUUCAAAGGAUUUGACGUUUUUGAGAUAAUUGAUGAAUUGAAUUAAAGACGUUAAUAUUUUAUGUUAAUUUAUAAAUAAUUAUUUAAUUUUUAUUUAAAUAAAAACUACUCGAUUAUAUGUUCGUUCGGUACAUUUAUCAACUUUUAAUUUUUAAUUUUCUUUUCUCGAACGAAUUUUAUCUAGGAGAUAUCGAUCGGCUGGGCACGUCGAAUAGAGACAAAGAGAAUAAGAGUACCUGUUGAUUCCGAAAUACAAUUCAUUGACACGCGAAGAUUGUAUCAUAAUUCCUAAUAUGUCAACUAUCUCCCUGUUUCAUUUCAUAACGAUAGAUACAUAUUUAUGCUUUAGAUAUAACGUUCAUAAUCUUCAAGCUCUUUUUCGAUUCCUUUUGUAGUCUUUCGAAAGUUACAAAUUUAAAAAGUAGGACUAGAGUUCUCAUAGUACUUUAUUGGCUGUUUGUUAAAGCUCGAGAAUAAAAAACGAAGAAACGUUCAUGUAUUAUAUACUUGGUAUAUUGAAGAGAGAUUUCCAGACGUAAUUUGUCACGAAAGGGUAGUAGAUCUUCAAUAGGUAAAAUACAUUUUUCUGCGAUCUGAUCGAGUAAUUUCAAAUUGAACGAAUGCUGAUAUCUAACUGAAACAUGACGUUUUCUUGUUCCUCAAUAAUAAUUUUAUAAGGAAGAACGAGAUUUGAGGAAGAAUGAGAUUUUUUUUUCGGAAAAUAUUUAUUUUUAUAAAGAUUUUCUACUGCUAUCGUACUAUUCUUUCGAAACGCGCUUAUGGAUAUAAUAUAAAAGUGAUAAUACUGCUGUAAAAUUUAUUUUCUUUGCAAUUUAUUUUGGCCAUAUUUAUUUAAAUCGUUAAUAUGCAAUAACUAUUUAAUUAUAAAUAUAUUGUCAUGAAUUAUUAAAUAUAAAUUAUUAAACUAUUACGGAAGAACUUACGAAUUAUCUAAGAUAAUCAAAAUUUGUCGUUAUGUGCAGAGAAAUGUGAACUCGUGGGAACUUGAAGGUUAGACAAUUCACAUGUAUGUAUGUCUCGCAUACCAAUGAAGUGUGAUUCUUUGUUUAUUCGAUCGAUAGAACAUUCGUGUUCUAUCUAUUUUUCUCGUCAACGUGUCGAUUGUCACGGUCAUCAUUUUUCUGGAUGUAUGGAUAGUUUCUUCAUAGAUCGAUCAUCAAAUUCAUAUAAAAUUGGUGUGUCAAUUUUCUUUUUCCGCGCAUACGAGAAUGAAAGAAAGAAAAAUAAAUAUUCAAUAACUAAUUCGUAAAAUGCAAUGUGCAACCUGACCGGAAUCUACACCGAUAUUCAAUCGGAUUGACUUGAUCUACGCGUAUGCUUCAAACACUUCAAACCUUCCGAACUUGGAAAAUGCACCGCUGGCGAAGCAACGUUGGGAGAAGGCGUAUGAUACACAUCAAUAUCAAAGAUCUCCGUUCAAUGAUUUUAUGGACCUCCCGAUAUAUUAAUUUUUUGGCUUAAACAAACACUCUCCCAGGUGAAUCUGCAGUGAUAACUACUUUGAAGUAAGCGGUUUCCAUAUGUCACAACGUACGUUAGGAAGAUUUCGUUCGUUUUAGAAAAUUGUCAAGUUUUCUAAAUCGGAGAAAAGUAACUGACAGCGACAGGUAUCGAUGACGACUUGAUUAUAUUCCUACAAAAGGGUGACUCACCGCGGUAGGGUCGGUGGUAGUUACUAUUGGAUCCCCGGCAAACUCUCUAAUCGAUACAGCUUCUCUCUACGUCCCGGCUCACGUUCUCUUUCCGUUGGCGCUGAUACCAGCGAUGCUUCCAGAAUGAACGUGACAACGGCAGCCCAAAGUGGUGUGAGUACCCUUGCCGAAUUCGUAGGCCUCGAGGAAAAGAUAAGAAUGGAUAAAACUAGCAGUAUUAUGGACCUUGAGGUCUCACCGGUCACUCUAUCACCGGCUUGGUCCAGAGUCGCCCGACUUCUUUUGCUAGCUUCUCUUGCAGUUGGUGGAAGUGUCGGCAAUGUCUUUAUGAUAUCCGCAAUAGUAGUCGAAGAUCAAUUAAAAAAACGAGGAAAUGCGUUUCUAGUAAACGUUGCUUUAGCGGACCUCUUGGUGACCGGCCUUGUAAUACCCGUGUCCGUUAUCAUGAUCCUGGCAGGGCACGAAGAAUCUUUAAGCACUUGCCGCUUUGAAUGGACUCUCGAAGCGCUUUGCUUUCUGGUCACCGUACUAACUUUGACCACGAUAGCAGCCGAGAAUUACGCUCGCCUUUGUUUACCCCCUGAAAGGUACAGCUUUCUAACGGCAAGCCGAGUAACAGCCACUAUAAUCGUCAUUUGGCUGAUCGCGGUGAUCGCUGUGAUUCUUCAAUCAUCUAUCAACGUCGGACCAGACUUUUGCCUACGAAAAUUUGGCGGUAUAACGAUAGAGCAAGUAGUGGGUGUAACGAUAUUGGUCGGUUUACCUGCUGUAACAACUACUUUGCUAUACGCGAUGCUCGUCUUGUGCGUACGCCGAGCAACAAGGGGAUCUUACAAACCACCCAUCGCCUUUUCUUGGGACUACGAGCUAACUAAAGCAAAUAUCUAUAGCUGCCUGAUGUUUAUGAUAUUUUGGUUGCCAUUCGGCACUGCCGUAUGCGUAAAUUCGUUUCGACCGAUGAGUGCUCACGUUCUCUAUGGCCUAGCCUGGUUCGCCUUUUCCAAGUCUUGCUUUAAUAAUCUUCUCUACUGUGUGGCCGAUCGACACUUCCGCAGCGCUUACGUGAAGCUCUUUCAUUACUGCUGCUGCAAGACGACCGUGAACUUUUCUAGAAGAACGCGCGCCGAUGCCGCCAGGAAUUCUAGCGACGUGCGUUUAAGGGUUCACAUUAUCCAUUCUUACGCGAGUCCGGCUUCCUGUAGACCUACCGUGGCCAGACCGAACGGACGUGAAGUCUACGAGCUCUAAAACGGCUUCCUAUUAACGCUCGCUACUUCCUCUCUUUUGUGUGCUCUACUUCCCACUCCUCCCUACACACGCUGCUUACGUUAUGAGAACAUCUAACUGGAGCAUUCGUUUUUCCUUUUCUUUCUCUUGAAAUCAACUGUGGAGAAAAUGAAUUCGUCCAUAAGAAUAGUCACGGAACAGACUUCCAAACGUUCUCUAUUUUCAGUCAAGUAUAUAUGAAGGUUUAUUGCACUUGAGCGCUCUUGCGCGCACAGGAUACACGUGACUAACUUCCAAUUUGCCGACUGACUUCCAAAUGCCAACGCGAUGCUCCGAUUUCUAUCCAUUUAAAAUUUAUCUUCCUUUUGUCUUUCUUCCGUUAUUCUAUCUUGACACGAGGGUGUAGUACGCACAAAAUGAAAAAAUUAUGACAUUGAUGAGUCCAUAUCAAAUCUAGAUUUCGAACGGACCGUCAUCACCGAUAUGAAUAUGUAUAAAGUAUAAUAGUUUGUCUUUUUUGAAAACGAAAGAGAGAAAGAGAGAUACACGAAUUUACGAUGGAUUUCUAAGGAAACAGAUGUUUCGAGAAGCUCACACAUGCCUUGUCUAUUUCCGUCUGCGUUUCCGUUAACAAAGAAAUACACUCUUUUCAAAUUGUAUUGCUGACGUAGACACAGUUAUAUUGGUGAAAUAUAUCAUCAAGACUAAUCUCAUAAAAAAUGAAAUACGUAUCGAUGAAUGUUUAUACAUUUUUCCUAACCAUAUUAUAAACCUGCUUACAAAUCAGUGAAGAAGAGUCGCAUUCGGAGCAGUCUAUAAUAAAAGAAAAGAAAACUAAUUCAAAAAUAGAUAUAGAGUUUUCUCAUUGAGAGCUAUCCGAACUUUCGUGACUCCGUCCGUUUUCGUUGGUCGUCCAUGGUCGAUUAAAGGAAUUCGAAAUUAUGAGUUUUUUUUUCAUGACAAAGCCGUCUCUUGAUUACGCCUCGUUACGCAGAAAAAAUUGAAAUUUCGAAACAAGAUUGUUUCAGAAAUAUAGAAUUUCCUAAGCGUAAUAUUGAUCUAAAACGUUCUUUUUCUCUUCAUUAAAUACAAAGAUUUUUAUAUUUUAAAAUGACAAUAUUGAAUUUUCGAUUAGAGGAUUUUAGAUUUCUUUAGAAUGAGAAAAAAACAAGAUCGUUGAAUCAUGAUAACAUUUUUGUUCUCUUUUUCUCUCUCUCUCUUACUUCGUUCUGUUGUCCUUCAUGUUUCCCUUUGGAUGAAAUCUCCUACGUUUAAAUGGCUUUGUAAGAGAGAGUUAGAAAUUGACGGAGAAUGCAUCUGGUUUAUAUCAAAGUGGAAAACGAUUAUCUAAUACACUCAAGGUGAACCAAAAGUAAUUUAGGACUAUGUAUAUUAGGUUUAAAACGUGCAACACGGAUCUUCGAGUUUCGAGAAUGAAAUAAAGUCGUCGAUCGAUCGUUGUGUCUGAAAUUGUGGCGGCGCUACCUGUCGAGGUAGUGAAGGGAAAGAGGAAAGCACUCGCAAAGGGCAUUCGUAAGCUUUAAAGGGGCUGUACUUCCUUGCUAGCGUUCAAUGUAGGUUAAUCGCCAUUUUUAUUAAUUAAUUAUAUCGGUUAUUCUUUGAUGACUUACAAAAUUAUGAUUUUCAACGGUUUAUGCAUAUCUAAAAUAGUAUUAUUUAUACAAUAAUGCUAUAUUGUAAUAUUGUAAUAAUACGUUUAUACAAUAGAAAUGUAUUUCAAUUAAUUACGCUUUUCUUGAACGUUACUUUAUUUUACUUACUCGACUAUGAUAUCUAUAAAAUACUUUUAUAAAUUCUUCGUUCGCUCCAAAAUAUUAUCAGUAAAUAUCUGUCAAAUUGACGUUUUCUUGUCGUGAAAUGGCAGAUUAAUUGAUCUAUACGAAUCAAGGAUAAAGUGAUACUUUGAACAUUCAAUCGAUUUGAAUGAAAUUCAUAUUUUUAUCGUUUUUUAUUUUUUUAUAAGCACAUAUUUAGAUAGAGAAAAAUAUUUCAAAUAUUUCAUGUACCGUUUCAUCUGAUAAUUCUCCAGUUUAUAGAUCAUUGAAAAUCAUUACAAAAGCAUGGUCUCGCAAAAUUAAUCUUUAUUUAGAUAAAGAAAAAAUAUAUUAAAAUAAACUUUAAAUGAAGUAGUUUCUGACAGUAAAUUUUAAAUAGAUUUUUAAUUUUUAAUCAUAAGGUUAAAGUUACGAGAUUUUUAUUUCUUAACGUGUAAUUUGUAUACAUCAUUCUAAGGCUAAUCAGAUUUCAAAAAUCAUGAAAUCUUGCUAUUAUACAUAUUGCUAAAAUUGCUGUUCUAUACACCGCAUAUCUUUUUUUACGCUUAUAUCUAAAAAGAAGGUACAAAAUGUUUUGUACAAUUCUCUUUUGAAAAUUUCACAUCUGUAUAUUUAAUGAAUUAUUAUAUUAAUCUCAAUAAUAAUAUUAGAAAUUGGAACGGACUUUCGGCGAAAUAGUAUGUACUUUCUCUGCGUUCGUCAAGUAGCAUUUCAAUUUACGAAGCAUUUUUUUAAAAACUAAGCAAUAUGUUAGGUUGAUCAAUAAAUAAUAUCGAUAAAUUGCCAUCGAAAAAUGCUGUAUACAGUAUUAUUUACAGGUAUAAAAUGUUGGAAAUUACGAUAUUACUUAGGGUCAAUCUAAUACUAACAAUAGCGAGAAAAUUAAAUUCCGAACAAGAUAACAUCUUUUGAAAACUUAUCUAUACGUAUCAUUCGUGAAGGAAUGUAUCCAUGGACGUUAUACAUUUCUAUUCUAACUCUUAAAUAAAUUUUGCUCUAUUCUGUGAUUAAAUUCGCGCAAACCAUAUAAUCGUAUUUCAUUAAAGGAAUUAUCGCUUGACAUUUUUUGUGACAUUAUAUGCACACAUUUACAACACACGUUAUUCUUAUAUCAAACGUCUGUGCUGUGCAUACAUGUAUAUAUGUACUUACAUGUAAUGUGCAAAUAAUUCGAUAUUAUUAUAUGCAUUGUACAAUUUCUAAAUGCAAAGAAAAAUAAUGAGAUCGAUAAAUGAUUUUAUCUUUGUGCUAUUAGAACUCUAGUUUCGGUUACUCUCGAGCACGAUUACCUUAUCGUACGAGAAAAUAUUCGCUCUGUUCGUUAAAUAAGUACUUCUUAUCAGCACAUUGAGGUCAAGUAUAUUAUACGAUGAGAUUUUUUAAAGGAAAAAGAAAGCGACAUAAUCAACUCAAUCUCUUUCUUUUGACAUAUGAAACAAAGAACUGAAUUUAUUUUUCAACUUAAUUAUACAGUGCGAGGCAGCUACGAUAAAAUACGUUACAAAAUGAUCAAAUCAGGAGAAAUAUGUCGUAUUUUAUUAAAUAUUUAAAUCCAACACUCUCUUUCUCUCUCUCUCUCUCUCUCUCUCUUUCUCUCUUGUAUUUAGUGAUUGAAAUAAUAUAAAUGUAAUAAGUGUUUCAAACUUAAUAAACAAAGCGAUAUGUUUCUCAUGACCUACCUUAUAUACGUAUAUACAUAUAUUAUAAGUAUAUAAUUCGUCUAGUAAACAUUGAUAAAUUACGAUAAUGACAUAAAUAUACUUAUGUAUAUAAUAUAUGUAUAUACUUAUAUAUUUCUCGUGACUGUAUAUCCCUAAAUAUUGUACUUUACAAGCCUUUUGUCAAUCUGUGAUCACAUUGUUAGAUAUGAUUGAAUUGUAUUAUGCUCCGUGCAUGUAUGUAUGUAAGCCAAGUAACAGCUUUUCGAAUAACAGCUUACGAAACUCAUCGUAAUAGUUUCAUCAAUGUAAUUUCACUUAUCAAAUGUGUAAAAUAAAAUCGUAAAAGCGCGGUCGAGGGAUCGUACGAUUCGAGAAACGGGACCAUGAUCAGAGAAACAAGUUUAUCGUGCUACUACUUUUUACCAGUUACAUUUUACUUCUAUAGCACUUAUUCUACAUGUAAAUAUAUGCAGUAUUUUUUGAAUGAAGUAUAAGAAAUGAAGCGUGACCAAUUAAAAAUUGAUUGUUUGAAAAUUUUCUUCGUUCACGCGGACUUGGAAAUCUUUCUUUAACUCGUACAAACUUAUAUGUGAUUCUAUGUAAUAAAAAAUAUUGCUAAUAACUUUUAGAAGUUCGUUUUUUCUAAGUAUUUCAAAAAAUUCAAGUUUGAAAAACCUGAAGAUAAAUAAAAGUGGUCACGUUACACAAUUUACCGACGUUACGCACGAUACUUGUAAGCUAUAAAUUCGAAUCUAAUUUUUCUUUACAAUGAGUAAUAUCUCCCUUCCAGCUUAAAUCAUAUUUGCCUGUAUUUCAUUUACCUAUAUUAAUUUAUAAAUUAAAUUCUGCAAGUUAUUUUUCUUAUACAUCAUCAACCUCUUCUUCGUCUACUUCUAAUUUCGACAGAAAGGUAUUUAUCUUAUAAACGUGUGACCCAUCAAAAGACAGAGUUUUCUUGCAUAGGCUGGAGAAAGAUAUUGCGCACAUCAAAAAUGAAAAAAAAAUAAAGAUAUGUGAAAAGAAUGUCAUUAAACGAGACCCUUGCACAGAAACUUUCAAUUACUCGAUAAAAAUCUUUGUCGGCUCAUACUCUGUAUUUGACUGUAACGAAAUAAGUGUAUAUUUAAUAAGUAUAAAUAAAUUGUAUAAAAGAGUGUAUAUGCCCACGCAUACACACACGUGAGGUACUUCACGUAUUCAAAAAUCGAUACUCCAAAUAUUUGGCUAUACGAAAGAGAUAUUUAAAGUUCAUGAUUUUUAUUAAAAAUUAUUUCAUACACGUUGUCGGCUAUAUUAAAUCAUUUCGAUCGUUUCUUCAAUACCGACACAGUAUCCGUCCAAGGAAAAAUUCAAAAUUUAUAAAAAAUACGUAUGUUUUUAUUAAUUUUAAAUCUAUAAUCCCCCUCACUAUAAAAAAGAAAAAAAAACAAUUAUAUUUCGUAAAAUACAAUUUGUAUCUAUAUAAAAUAUAAAUCUUUUUUGUAUAAAAUUACGAUUACGAAUAUUUUUAUACGGUAUAAGAGGGACAAUUUACGAAAAAGCCUAUGACUGUGCGUGUAUGCGCGUGCUUGUGUAAACAAGAAAACAAUAAUUUAGACCAUGAAUACAAAGUGCAUAGAACCAAGGAAUUAAUUGCAUACGGUUUAUUUAUUUAUUCUUUCAUUACUUAUUCAUUAUUGAUCUUAUAAGAAAUUAUGAACUUCGUCCGUCACCGAAGAUUCAUUAAUCUCAUAUGGCGAUCUGUCUAUCCGCAUGAGAGUAAAUAUCGAUAAUUAAUUGUGAACUGUCUAAAUAUAUUUAUAUAUCGCAUUAAUAUAUCUGUAAUAUGGUCGCGAUGAAUGUAUUUCAAAUUAAAAAUGUAGUAAUGAUAGAAUUACAGGUUCUACAUAUACUUAAUAUAAUCAAUUUAAACAAUAAGUAUGUAUGAUAUAUACAAGAUCUCUUAUUUUAAACGAUAUAGCUAAAUAUCUUCUAUUCUAUUACUUUUAUAAACAAAUAUUUCAAGUAGAAGUUGCUAAGUUUUAAGGUGAAAAUGUAAUAUGUAUUGUAACUAUUUCGUAAAGCAGCCUGUUUUCAAGAUAUGGAAGUCAUAAGAAUAUUUUUACAUGGAAAUCAAUAUAUUAAGUCUGAUAAAAAUUGUAGAGAAUAUCAGUACGAAGCUCACGACUACCUACAAUAUUUUGCUAUCGAUAUUUCAUCAAUUUAUAGAAAUUUAACAAACUGGGUAAUCACAAUAACGCGAUCAAUUUACCUGUAAAUAUCUGAUAACCAAUGAAUUCAUUAAUCAAUUUCGUUUUUUGUUUAUUUAUAUAUUGUUUUCAUACAUUUUUGAAGUUGUUAUCAUUUGAAACGUAGUACCUUUCAGCAUUAUUGCUUGUUAUAUAAUAAUAAUAAGUUUGAUUGUUAUAUAAUUGAUUGUUAUAUAGUUUAUUAAACUUCAAGGCGCCAUAAUUCGAUGAAAUAUUGAUAUUUUCUACAAUCUUUUUUUCAGUUUAAAAUAUUGAUUUCCACAUAAAAAAAUUAUUAUGCCUUCCGUAUCUUUACAACAGCAUCAUUUAUGAAAUAGUUGUAAUAUAUAUUACAUUUUCACCUCAAAACCUAGCAACUUUUAUUAGAAACUAUUUAUUUAUAAAAACAAUAGGAUCAGAGAUAUAAUAUUCGGCCAUAUUAUUUUAAAUAAGACACUCUAUAUAUAUACAUAUAAAUGUUCGCAAUUCUCUAACUGAAAACAGAGGGAAAUAGACGAAAAUGAAAUACAUUCACGUAUACUUCGUUAUUCUUUAUUAUCCAUCUAGAAAUUAAUGAAAAAAAAAUCAUAGCUUACUUUAGAAUAAUAUAUAAAACCCUCUACGAUUGUAGGAUUAAUCAAUUAAUUAAUUCUACUCGAAAGACUGACAUUGCGCCGUCAUUAUACAAAAAUUAUGAAAAUGACAAACAAACGAAAAAAUACAAGGCUUUUGGAAUGACGAUCGGUCGGUAAAUUUAAUAAACAUUGUUGUAUAAAAAUAUAGCUAAUCACAAGGAAUUAUUCAUAUUUAUAUAUUAAGAAUAUAUAUCUAUGCAUACAUAUUGUAUGUAACAAGAAAAAUGAUCAAAAUUUCAAAUCUAUAAUCGAAAUUAAACCUGUUUUUCGAAUAUGAAGACUAUAGCGUAGAAUAGAAAAAGGAAAAAAAAACUAUAGUGGCAACUCGUUCUAUUGAAACUUGCUACUAUGUAAUUCCUAUCGUGAAACUCGUCAUGUGCAUAAAACUGUUAUAUUCUAAACUUUGAGGACCACGAAUACACAAUAACGCAUUAUUCAUUUUAUCUGUAUACUUAAUAAGUGAUCGAAAUGAUCUUUAUAUCGAGUAAAUUAAAAAAAAAAGGAUUGUGUCUAGUAUCUUGUAUAUGCGCUACUUCCCCUACGAAGUAAGGGUUCAGAUUAUAUGUAAUUAACAUUGUUAUUGAAAUAAUAUAAUAUUUCCUUAAUUAAAGUAUAUAAUUUGUUUUCAAUCAAAUAAAAUAAACUUUUCAUGAAAAUUAUCAGAAUUAAAAGAAUUUCGAUAUCUCCUUGUUAAACAUGUAUAAUCUGAAUCCAAGCUUAUAGGUCGUUAUACGGCUCUUUUUACUGUGUAAGAAAGUAAAAAAAUUAAAAUGAAGAAAAAUAUAAAAAAAUAAAAAAAAUAGAAUAUAUCAGUGUCAUGUUUUAAAAUAAAUGUCUAUGAUAAUAAAUUGCCAAGAUGGCGAUUGCGAGUGAUAUUAUUCAAUUGUCGGUUUGAUCUUAUAAUAAAGAUCAAAAUAAAAGAUACUCCAACGGUAGCCUAGAUGCAAACGUAAAAACGCCACAAAACUCAUGGGAAUAGAUAAUAUUUCUUUGAUGAAAAUUGAAUCUCAGAAAUCUAUGUGACACCGGCAGCAAUCUCUCUAUCGGAUUAUAAAUGUAUUUAUUUUGUACUUAAUUGUAUUUUUCGCAUUGAUGUAUUUUUCGUAAACAGGCUGAUGUGACGGAGAACGUCAUAUGUCUUGGAAUGCAGCAUCUCAUUUUGUGAAUAUAUUUUACUGUAAUUUGUGUAAACGUAGAUUUUAUAAUGUUGUAAUAAAAGACACUUGUUUUUA